AUGGAAUCUCGACUCACCCGGAGAGAGGUGGACGUGGUGCUUGCAGAGCAGGAGUUGCAGGGCCAGCUGGCUCGCGUCUACUACAAUCUUGUUUUGCGGCAGCGCACUUACCGUACUCACCUCGACUACAUCAAGAAGAUUCAUGACAUGAUACGCGACAUGGAAGGUCGAGUCAAGGCCCUGACGCCGUUUCACGCGUCAAGCGGGCUGUAG